AUGGCUGAGGCCAUGCAGAGGCUUCAGCGGGGGGACAGCGUCAUGGAGCCGAAAGCCUUCGAGGAUCUGAAGGCAUGUCUGCUCGCUGGCCAGGAGCCCUCGAUGCUUGUCGAACAGCUCAGCGACAACUAUCACGGUUAUGCUCAGAUGGCGAACCUCCUCUGCGAGUGGCACUGCUUCCUCGGGGACGAUCGGAGGGCAGUGGACCGAGAAGUGAGGGGCUAUCUCAAGUCUAUGAUCAUCAAGCAUUUCGGGCUGGAACAGAUUGACCUGCAGCAGAUCAGCAAUCCGCGAUGGCUGGAGCAGAUGAUUCAGGACCCGGAAUGGCGCGAUCUGAUCUAUGAGCUCUCGGAGCAAUUUCCAUCGUCUUUGCUGAUCUCAUUCGCAAUGGAGAGGAUAUCGCAACAAGUUGGACUCGAAGCGGAAAAGGCUGGGGCAGAAUCGGCCUCUUCCAAGCUCAAGAUCUUCAACUCCGUGCUGAAAGAGACGCUAGCAGACAUGACCAACGGGAAGGAGGUGAUGCCGGAGGACCUGGAGGCCUUGAAGAGCCUUAUAUGUCAUAGCGAGCAUACCUUCGUGUACGUAGUCGCUCUCUUCCGCCAGCUCGCUAUGAAGCACAAAGGAGAAUUCCAAGAGGAGUGCCUCCUUCGGUUGAGCGAGGAGAUCCGAGUAGAGAUCGCAAAGCGCGGGAAGGGACGGCAGGCAGAAGCUUUCUGCAACGCCAUCACAGGGGCAGUCGAGUACCCUGAGGUCGCUAUGGCGAUUGGAUCGAUGACAAGCACGAAGAAAACAAAUCCGUCGGACAUUUCUAAGCUCUACAACAUCUACACAGCUGAAAUCGAGAAGGUCCAGGCGUUGACCAAGGAUGAAAACAGCGCCAUGUCGCCUGAGACGCUCAUGGCGCUCAGGGAAGGGAUACAGCAGUGUGAGAUUGUCUCUGUCGGUAUCCUGCUGUGGGUGGGAGGGAAGCUGGUGGAGGAGAGCUUCUACCUUCCUGGGGGGGGGCAUGUGCGCCUGGCGAAGCCUUACCAGCAGAUGAUGGAGCAUUGCGUGCUGAUCUACCCGGCCCAGAGGGAGAUCUUGUUGGAGAUGCUGCAGAAGAUAUGGGAUGUGAGCUUGCAGCUGGGAGGAAACGGGAACCAGGAGGAGAAGGUCCUGGCAGGGGAUAUCGCGAUUGAUAACAUGCUGUUUCUCUUUGAACUCGGGUCAGUUCUCAGAGCGAUGAGAUCUCUUGCCCGCUGGGCACCUGUCAUGACGCCAGAGCAGCAGCAUCGCACAGUGACUGAGAUCCUGUCCUGCAGUCUUCCGCCCUUCUCGUCGCAGUUUGUCUCGACGUUCUUGGGCCUUCUGCAGAAGAUGCCCUCGCUGGACGCCCUUCAGCUCAGCGCUGAGAGUAAAAGUCUGAUGAAGGACUUCCAGACAUACCUGGAAGGUUCCAAGGGCAAACAUGAUAUUGAUGAAGACUUGCAAGGCAUCGUCAAAGAGAUCUCGAGUACGAGCUGGAGCUGAUGAUCGUGUAUUUUCAAAUGUAUGUUAGAGGUGACUUAACCGUCUGGGACUCAAUCAAACCCCUUUAGAUUACAACUUAUUUGAUAACAUAAAAUCAAUCAAUC